AUUCGGUCCUUUCCGUCAAACUCCGGAUAAUUAAACAAGUGGCAAAAUGAAAGUAUUAGCCAAUAUUUUGUAGCAUGUUUGACAGGAAAACAGUUACUAUGUCAGGAUCACCUUUCAAAGGGAAGUCACUCUGUGUGAUAACUGGAGCCAGCCGGGGUUAUGGGAAAUGUAUAGCUGAGAUGUUUGUAACAAGACUGGUACCCGGUUCACACCUACUUCUGCUCGCUAGAAACACUGAACUUCUCGUACAGGUUACAGCACAGUUACGUUCAUUGAAUAAAGAAGUACAGGUUACUUGGAGUGAAUUUGAUCAGUCCAAGUUAAGCGAUUGUUCACCAGAAAAUAUAGAGGCAAUUCUUAAGAAAAGUUGCAAAAAUCUUGGAGGUUUUGAAACUUUCUUUUUAAUUCACAAUGCCGGCUCAGUCGGGGAUCUCACAAAGUACUCGUGGGAGUACAUAGAUGCUGACAUGUUGUCGUCUGCUGUAAACACAAAUUUGACAGGAACGUUUUUACUCAAUGCCUCUCUUCUGACUGAGAUAAGAAAACAUGAUUACAAGCACAAGGUGAUAGUUAAUAUAUCCUCUCUCGCGGCAUUGCAACCUUUCGCAUCAUGGUCACUUUACUGUGCUGGAAAGGCAGCUAGGGAUAUGUUUUUCCUGACAAUGGCAAAAGAAGACCCAUCACUACGUGUGUUGAACUGGGCCCCGGGACCACUAGACACAGACAUGCAAGCCCAGUGCCGUCAAUGUGCUGACCCGACACUGAGAGAAGCAUUUAAUGAUAUGUACAAGAAUGGGAAGCUUCUAAAAUGUGAAGAAUCAGUUAGUAAAUUGAUACCACUCCUGGAGGAAAACAGUUUUGAGUCAGGACAACAUAUAGACAUAUAUGAUGUUUAAUACUUAGAAGAUAUACAGCGUGUCUGGAUUAAAAGUGACAUUAUAUUCAUUUUUUCAGUC